AUGCCGCUCUUAAAUGGAGAGCAAUUUGUUAAGAAGCCUCUCCCGCCACAUAUGAAACCAGAUGACGAGGUUUUCUUCUCCCCGAUUACAUUCGAGAUUUUCCAAGAUUAUGAUGAAUUUUUUGAACGGACCAUCCUUCUGAACAGCGCCACCUGGAACUGCUCCUUUUGCAACAAGUCGCAGUUGACGUACAAUGAGGCAGUUGCAUGUGAGAAAUCAGACCUUGAUCAAUUAAACAACUUUGGUGUUGCACUAUGUCGUGGCCUGCUCUAUAUCACCUUCCAGGCGAGGCGCAGAAAGUUGUCCGAAUUGGUGGACCUGCUGCACGGAUUCGUCCAUUACCGGUUUUUCAUUGGGGAGAGUGUAUUUGUGAAGCGGUCCGACUUCAAGACUGCACUUGAUCUCAUACCUAGACUGUGUGGCUGGAAGUUGCCAUCCCACUCUGACGGCAUGCAUCGCGCAUCUGAACUUCCAGAUCCCUCGGUCAUCAAGUACGUUGUCAAGAGAUCAAUGACGGCCGGUCCCGAGGGUUGUUCCGCGCCUGAAAACUCAUCUUCCAUGAUCCUCUCCGGCUCCGUCUUACAACGCGGACCGAAAAAUUUCCUGACGCGUGAGAAGAUCAAGUUUUUCAUCCGCCAGACCUGUCACCUGGAGUUUUCAGUAUUCAAACCAAAGAAAACUAUCAUGGAACACUUCAACCUAGAACCCUUUGGCAUUCUGUCCUGGACUGAUUUCUUCGUCGCCCCAGAGCCACUCUGGUACCAGCUGGCGCCGCCGCCCGUUGCCCUGUUAAAACCAAAGAUGUUGCGCAUUGAUGCCCCGCCGUCCAAGACCCUGCCGUCGCAUCAAGGUUCUCAAAUGGUUAACAUGGGUGGGAAAAAUGACUGUAGUAAUACAAGUAGCGGCAGUGGAGGAGAAGCACCCCCAAAGAAAGUUGCCUUCACGCGAAUACCGCCCUCACAACAGCAACAACCCCAUCCAAAAAUCGUGGUGGAUAUUGUUGGCGCGCAGGCCUUUGAGGAGAGCCAGGCUCAGGGUACUGUUUCUCCCUAA